AUGCACCGUUGCAAUACGGAUGUUAGAAUAUGCAUAAUAGAUGAUGUUGUUGAUGAUUAUGUGCGCAUAGGCCAGAGCACUACAAUUGAAUACUUUUCAAAAUUUGUUGAAGGUGUCAUUUCAGUGUUCGAUGAUGAAUACUUGCGAAAACCAAAUUCAAACGAUGCGUGGAUAGAUCGUUCACCAGUGUUUGAUGAUAUUCUAAAUGACUGUGCUUUGGAGGUAAAUUAUACUAUUAAUGGUAAUAAUUAUACUAUGAGAUACUAUUUAGCAGAUGGUAUUUAUCUUGAAUGUGCCACAUUUGUCAAAUCAAUCUCAAAGCCACAAGGGGAGAAAUGCAAGUUAUUUGCACAAUAUCAAAAAGGGCAAAGAAAAGAUGAAGAGCGAGAACUUGGAGUGUUGCAAGCACACUUUGCAAUUAUACGUGGUCCAUCGCGCUUUUGGAAAAAGAAUCUUGCAGACAUAAUGAUAGCUUAUAUUAUAUUGCAUAAUUUGAUUGUUGAGGAUAAAAGAGACAAUUAUGCCGGAAAUUUUGCUCAAGGUUUAGAGUAUGAUGAUGUCAAAAAUGGCUUAUCAUAA